AUGUACAGGUACAAGAUCACGCUGAAAGAUCGCCAUCAGCUCUACAAGCUGAUCAUCAGCCAGCUCCUCUAUGACGGACACAUGAACAUCGCCAACGGGCUCAUCAAUGAGAUCAAAAUGACUUCCGUGUGCGCCCCGUCUGAGCAGCUCCUCCACCUCAUCAAAGUGGGUAUGGAAAACGACGACAGCGCUGUGCAGUACGCCAUAGGCCGUUCAGAUACGGUGGCCCCUGGAACCGGUAUUGACCUGGAGUUUGAUGCAGAUGUACAGACCAUGUCACCGGAGGCCUCAGAGUAUGAGACGUGCUAUGUCACCUCCCACAAGGGUCCUUGCCGCGUGGCCACCUACAGCCGGGAUGGUCAGCUGAUCGCGACUGGCUCUGCUGAUGCCUCCAUCAAGAUCCUGGACACUGAGAGGAUGUUGGCCAAGAGCGCAAUGCCUAUAGAGGUGAUGAUGAACGAGACCGCCCAACAGAACAUGGAGAACCAUCCUGUCAUCCGGACUUUGUACGACCAUGUGGAUGAGGUCACAUGUCUGGCGUUCCACCCAACUGAGCAGAUCUUGGCUUCGGGAUCCAAAGAUUACACCUUGAAACUCUUCGAUUACUCCAAACCGUCAGCCAAAAGAGCCUUUAAGUACAUACAGGAAGCAGAGAUGUUGCGUUCGAUUUCGUUCCACCCGUCUGGAGACUACAUCAUUGUCGGCACCCAACACCCAACCCUACGCCUUUACGACAUCAAUACCUUCCAGUGCUUCGUCUCCUGCAACCCUCAGGAUCAGCACACAGACGCCAUCUGCUCCGUCAACUAUAACCCCACCGCCAACACUUACGUCACUUGCAGCAAGGACGGCUGCAUCAAGCUGUGGGACGGCGUGUCCAACCGCUGCGUCAACACGUGGGAGAAGGCCCAUGACGGGGCGGAGGUGUGCUCCGCCAUCUUCUCCAAAAACUCCAAGUACAUCCUAUCCAGCGGGAAGGACUCUGUGGCCAAGUUGUGGGAGAUCUCCACAGGAAGGAUGCUGGUUAAGUAUACAGGCGCCGGGCUGAGCGGACGCCAAGUUCACCGGACUCAGGCCGUAUUCAACCACACCGAAGACUACGUCCUUCUCCCAGACGAACGGACGAUCAGCCUGUGCUGCUGGGACUCGAGAACGGCCGAACGCCGCAACCUCCUCUCGUUGGGUCACAACAACAUCGUGCGCUGCAUCGUUCACUCUCCCACCAACCCCGGCUUCAUGACCUGCAGCGACGACUUUCGAGCCCGCUUCUGGUAUCGCCGCUCCACCACAGACUGA